GCCAGUACCUUUCACGACUGCUUUCACAUUUCCCUCCAACCAGACCCUUGACAGCUCCUUCCUUAAGCUGGACCUUUAAAUCCCUGAGAACUCUGCUCUCUGCAGAGAGAGGCAGCUAUUUUGAGAGGCAGAGCUGUCGCAGAGGAAACUCGCACUGUGCCCUCAUCGAAGCUGUACUUUACUGAUCGUUCUUGUUCUCCGAAAGGGACGCUGUCAGCGUGGAAAAAAAUCACAUUUCUGUCUGAAAAACUUGUAUCUUCUCUUCUUACAAGUAACAGUGGUGGGAUGGAUUACAGAGUCCCUGGGGCAGUUAGCAAUGGAGAGACGAUACCUGCUCAUCCAGGCAUGGAAAAGCAGAAGGAAGAAGAGAAGAAUCAAACACUGGAACGAGGCCAUUGGAACAACAAGCUGGAAUAUGUGCUAUCCGUGGCUGGGGAGAUUAUUGGCCUUGGUAACGUCUGGAGGUUCCCUUACCUCUGUUACAAGAAUGGUGGAGGUGCUUUCUUUAUCCCCUACCUCAUCUUCCUCUUCACCUGUGGGAUCCCAGUGUUCUUCCUGGAGACAGCGCUAGGGCAGUACACCAGCCAGGGAGGGAUCACUGCCUGGCGGAAGCUCUGCCCUCUCUUUGAAGGAAUUGGUUAUGCUUCCCAGGUGAUCGUCGUACUCCUGAAUUUCUAUUACAUUAUCGUCCUGGCCUGGGCCUUGUUUUACCUCUUCAGUUCGUUCACCAUAGACCUUCCCUGGGGCAGCUGUGACCACGAAUGGAACACGGAGAACUGCGUGGAAUUCCAGAAGGCAAACGCCUCUCUAAAUGUGACGACCGAAAACGCCACCUCCCCUGUCAUCGAGUUCUGGGAGAGGAGAGUGUUGAAGAUUUCCGCUGGCAUACAGCACUUGGGGAGCCUGCGCUGGGAGCUGGCUCUUUGCCUCCUGCUCGCCUGGGUCAUCUGCUACUUCUGCAUCUGGAAAGGAGUCAAGUCCACAGGCAAGGUGGUGUAUUUCACUGCCACGUUCCCGUACCUCAUGCUGGUAGUUCUGCUGAUCAGGGGAAUCUCUCUGCCGGGGGCGAUGCAGGGCAUCCUGUUCUACCUUUACCCAGACCUCACUCGUCUCAUGGACCCUCAGGUGUGGAUGGACGCAGGCACGCAGAUCUUCUUCUCUUACGCCAUUUGCCUGGGGUGCCUGACAGCCUUGGGUAGCUACAACAAGUACCACAACAACUGUUACAGGGACUGCAUUGCGCUGUGUUUUUUGAACAGUGGUACAAGUUUUGUGGCUGGCUUUGCAAUCUUUUCCAUCUUGGGCUUUAUGGCGCAGGAACAAGGCGUGCCUAUAUCUGAGGUAGCUGAGUCAGGGCCUGGCCUGGCAUUUAUCGCAUACCCUCGAGCUGUCGUCAUGCUGCCUUUCUCCCCACUCUGGGCCUGCUGCUUCUUCCUGAUGGUUGUUCUGCUGGGACUGGACAGCCAGUUCGUCUGUGUGGAGAGCCUGGUGACAGCUGUUAUGGACAUGUACCCCACCAUCUUCCGGAAGCAAAACCGCCGUGAGAUCCUCAUCUUGCUUGUCUCCAUCCUCUCCUACCUUGUAGGACUGGUCAUGCUCACAGAGGGUGGGAUGUACAUCUUCCAGCUCUUUGAUUACUACGCUGCCAGCGGCAUGUGCCUGCUCUUUGUUGCCAUCUUUGAGACGCUUUGUAUCGGCUGGGUGUAUGGUGCUGAUCGUUUCUAUGAUAACAUUGAAGACAUGAUUGGUUACAGGCCAUGGCCUAUUAUCAAAUACUGCUGGCUCUUCAUCACGCCAGCUGUCUGCAUGGCGACCUUCCUGUUUUCUCUGAUUAAAUAUACCCCUCUGACCUACAACAAGAAGUACGUAUACCCCUGGUGGGGAGACACCCUGGGCUGGCUGCUGGGCCUCUCAUCUAUGGUCUGCAUCCCUCUCUGGAUUGUCUAUAAACUCUCCAUGAUCAAGGGCUCUCUGAGAGAGAGAUUCCGCCAGUUGGUCUGCCCAGAUGAGGACUUACCUUUCAGCCUGGGUGUGGGGCAGCCCCUUCCUUCCACCAGACCCGGCCUCCUGAUGCUGACAGAGCUAGAGUCCCAUUGUUAGGGCCACUGUGGCCCCCUGGAUUGGUUGAUGCACUCCUUCUAGCUGUCAGAUGACUCAAGGGUUCUCCAUUUUCUGAGGGGAGCAGGACUUGUGAGCUGAUCUCUCUUCCGCUGGAGGAUUUGAUGGGCUCAGCAGGGGCUGCCAUAGAAGGGUCUCCAGGGACAGUGGAGUCAGCGAUGCACCUUAAUCGUCUCCUGGGGAGCACACACAGGAGCUGAUUCAAACAGCUGAGAGUCCCCAAUGCUCCAGUGGGUGGGACAGGAGAGACUCAGCCCCGGAGUGGAGACUGUCAAAGGGUCACAGAGGCUCUUCUCCGACAUGGACUUUGAGGACCUCUCCAUUCAUUCCAUUAAAUCCUGUAUCUUAUCACA